AUGUUUUCCAACGGUCUCUUCUCCUGGUUCUCCUCCAAGGAGUCCAGCCCAAACCCUAUUUCGGAUGCUACUGAUGCCACUGGCAUCGAGAAAAAUCAGCCUACCAGCCCAAAGGGCCUCUCCACCGACAGCAUGGUGACCGAGCAGCCCAACCCCCAGGAGAAUAUGCUGAAUCUACGCGGUGGCGGAGCCGGCGAUGUCUGCUGCGGUGUUUGCGCCGGUCUUCUCUGCUUCGAGUGCUGCGAGGAAUGCUGCUAG